AUGUUGUUCCAGUCCACCGGGAUUUUCUUCAACCACUCGCGGCGUAGUAACGGGUGCUUCCAAGGUCUUACACCGCAGCAACGAUUCGAGUUCGUGGAGAAGCACGGGCUUUGCAUCAACUGCUUGAAGGGUACCCACCUUGGGAAGGAUUGCUCCAGCGCUUCGUGCAAACAGUGCUACAAGAAGCACCAUUCUCUGCUACAUCUACCACCGAUGUCGUCGUCGUCGGUUCCUGGUACAUCGGUGGCAACACCAGUUUUCGUCGGUCAACCCGCUACAGCAAUCAGUUCGCAAUCGUCUCAAAUGUCACAACGCGAUGCGACCAUAGUCGCACGUUCGCCGCCGGCAGAAACUGGUUCCUCACUACUCGUCAACUUGUCGUCUAGAUCGUUUCCGCAAUCGGUUUCGGUCGGAAUCGACCCCUCCACAUCGCCGGUUCUCCACGUCCUGUCAAAGUUGAUCAAGGUGAAGGACGCUGACAACAACGAACACUUCGCCAGAGCCUUGCUGGAUAGUGGCUCACAGCCCAGCUUCAUCACCGAAUCACUAUGCCAGAAGCUCCGUUUGAAGCAUGUUAAGCUCAACUCGCCGGUCAGUGGCAUUGGUCAAUCCACUAAGACUGUUCUGGGUUACAUCGUCUGCGGAAAAGUAGUGGAUCCAGCUCCCGAUCCACAGGCAGUUCAGACCUUCUGCAUGAAUGACACACUAGACAAGCUCGAGCGGUUCUGGGAAGUUGAAAAUGUUGACGUUGGGAAAGCCUACACUAUACGGGAGGAAAUACUAUCGAUACUUGGAGAUUCCUACCCACUCGCACUACGUUGGCUCCAAUCUAUGGAGGAAAAGUUUGCUGUUGAUGAAGGCCUUCGUGAAGCUUACCACGCGUUCAUGGAGGAAUAUGAAAGACUGGGACGUAUGGAGGAGGUGAAUCCGUCCGCGUCGCGUAACCCUCAGUUUUUCCUGCCCCACCAUGCCAUCCACCGUCCUGAGAGUACAACCACGAAGAUACGACCAGCUCUGUACUCAACCGUUAUCAAUAUCCGCAUGCCUCGCUUCGCCGUCACUGCUGACGGUGAGAAGAUGUUCCGGCAGAUUUGGACACAUCCAGACGACCGGAAAUAUCAGGAUCCGUCAGAAUCAGUUCACGUGUAUCGACUAAAAACCGUGACUUACGAUCUCGCCGCCUCGCCUUUCCAUGCUACUCGUGUGCUCGACCAGUGGGCCAUUGACGAAGGAGACCGCUUUCCGUUGGCGGUCCCCGUGGCCAAGAAGGGAACGUGCGUAGACCCGUUAGAUUGCCUGACCAACGUCGCGAGUGAAGUGUUGAAAAAUUGUCGCGAACAAUAG